GAUAUUAUUUGUUUAUCUCACACUAAAUAGCCUGCUGUAAAGCACGAGGAGGAAAAGAAAAACUUGAUUGCUGUUGCAUUAUACAGCUUGAACGGACUCGGAAAGGAUAAGUAAGCCAGGAUCUCUGUUUGGGGUCGUUCGUUGACCUUCCCUCCCCCUUCAGGACGUUAUAUGCCAUCGAUACCGAGGGCUUUAAAUACCCAAACCCCGAUAUCCGAGCUCGAAGCGAUAUCAUGGCGAAGACCUGCACCUAUUAUGGAGUUUACCGUUCCACCUGCUCCCAGCGAAGAGGGGAGAAUAAUCCCCUUGUCGCCGCCGCCUCCGCGGGUCCGCAAGACUUUGACGAGCAGACCUCCCCAAGAUCAAGGACAGGAGAUCUCGAUUCGCGGUGGCGCCUGGCCAUCUAAGGCGAGUUUGCACGGCCUCCUGGAGGAAAACACUUCUCGCGCCGGGGUUGAUUUGUUGCCAAAGAUACGAGAAGAGUUCGAAUACGGGCCUCUUCUUCUCAAUACCGAUACUAGCAUGGAGGGAAAGCGGGACCACGCAGUUGGAAGGGGGCCGAGCAGAGGGAAGGGUGCCGGUAAUGCAUCAAGAGGUGAUAGCAGGGUAUUGAUGGUGGAUGAAAAUUCCCAGCAACGGGUAGAGCAUCAUCAUCAGUCGAGAUCAUCGCCUGAGGUCUCAUCGGAGGUGUUCAGUCCAAGUAAAUUUCUGGAAUCUGUUUUCCGGUUUCAGGUUGAUGGCGAGAGACUUAAAGACGACGAGGGACAUGCAGGUUCGCAGAGAAGGUCUUUCAGUGUGCCUACGGUUACCUUGCGAGACGGGGACGAGGACGGAGUAGUAAGAAGGGCAGAGCAGGUGGGUUCUAAAAUUUGAUGAUUUUGAGGUAAAUAACUGAGAAGAGACAAAGAUUCCGACGCGAUGACAACAGCAGAGCUUCCAGUGUUAGAUAUUCGACGGCAAGACAAAGCACCGCGACUGGAAUUGGACCCUGAUGUUGUCAAGCCGCGACCCUUUCUUUCUCACGCCCGAACGGGGUCGUCGCUGUCGUCGUCGUCAUCAUCAUCGUCGAGCUCGACAGAGACUGAACCAUCCCUCUAUCCAGCCUCCACCACUGAGGACACACGAAUCAGCAUAUCGAGCACAGGCGUACGAGGGAUCCUCCGAGAUGUCGCAUUCGAACCUUUACAGGUGCACUGAUAGAAGGAGGCGGCCGCACAGGGAAUGAUCGAAGCUCCUUUAUCGACCUUUUACCGACACCC